AUGUCCCUGGUAAACCCUUCUCCCCCGCCGGAACAACGGCCGGCUCUCCAUCGUUCUCUGUCACAUACAAAUCCCUCGAACAAGAACGAGAACGCCUCAAGCCAACCUCAGACCGCAGAGCCGAGUGCUCGACCUGCUCGACCGCCGCAUAUCAGGUCGAGAUCCUAUCUCUCACCUGCAGACCCCAAACCCCGGAACGCAAUCACGCUGCCCACUGCCACCAGCGCCUUUGAGAAGACGGCAUCACGCCUCCACCUGCCAGGAACCUCACAUCGACACCACCAUAACAAGGACAAAGACCACAAUUCUGGUGGCCAUCAACCCUCGCAAUCGCACUCGCAUAUAUUACACCAUAACAAUGAUUCGACGCACAGUCUUCCCUUCAGACGCCACCGACCAAGCCAGUCCGACGCACAUACUCCCCGCCGAUUUGCUUCAAAGGAAGCUCUCUCGACCCUCCCACACCUGGUCGCAGGCCUCAACGCCGAACGGGACAGGCGCGCACACACGGGAAAUGUACCUAACCCGAUAAAUCCGACAAAUCGCAGUGCUGGCGGCGGGAGUGGUUCCAAUGGCACGGCUCAGCAUGUCUUUGGUCCUUCUGCUGCCAUGACCAGCGAUUUCCAGGCAGGCGGCCGCUAUGACUACAAUACUUCCGGAUAUCCUGAACUACGCCGGCGCGCGACCUCGGAUCCCGCCUCUCGUGACAGAAUCCCCCACGCAGCUCCGGCACAUCCCCUCCGCCCCAAGACCUCGUUCGAAGAAGCCCUCGAUCGUGGCGACGCCGCCCGAGUCGCACGGCGCAUCCACGUAAAAGUCGAAGAUCUCCAGCGCCGUGACCAGGAGCUCCGAGAAGGCGAAGAAGAACUCCGCUCGCGUGUUGCAGAGAUAACCGCCACGGGGGUGGAAAUAACUCGUCGACUAGACUAUGGGUAUUACAACUUGCUCGAGAAAGUCGGAAACCUGGUCAGCAUGAUUGGUAGUUUCCAGUCACUGGCACGACAGAGUGGGACGUUGAUAGGAAACUUUGAGCGCGAGAGUAAGAGAGUCGACGAAGAUACACGCCGACGGGUCAAAACUCUACAAAGUGGGUUUGAGACGAGACAGGUGAAAGCGAGACAAUUAACCGAGCGCGGGAAGAAGGCCAGUGACAGGGCCAGGGACCUGUCCGCCCGAUUGGAAACGGCUCGAGCGAAAGUCGAGGAAUGGGAGAACCGCGAAGAGAAAUUCCGCAAGGCGUGGGACCGCGUGUGGGGGAUCGUGUGGUGGACGAGCAUUGCCGUCAUUGUCAUUGUGGUGGCCGUGGUGCUGGGCAAAGAAUGGUAUUUCCAUGGCGAUCCCGUGAAAGCAGGGUUGAGACAGCACGGGGAGGGGAAUUGGAACCGGAGUCUCAGACUGGGCGGGAGAGCGGGUGGCGAGGAAAAUGAGAGACUCCUUCGAUUCAGUGAAGGCGACAGUGGCGGCAGCAGCGGCACCGUCAGUGGCGAGAAGAAUGACACAGACACCGAAGGGAAGAAGAGGCUGAACGUGCCGGACGACGUGAGGCAGCUUCUCCUGGGCAUUGCCGAGAGGAAUCGCAUCAGAAAAGACGCCUUCCCGGAGAUUCCUAGCAUGGUGCAUGGUCGCACCUCCUCCUCUCGGUUGUUGGCCACAAGUCCAGAAGAAGACCAGUGUCGUGAGGACCCGAGACUGGCCAGCUUGGACGAGCUCUGA